AUGUAUGCAGUGUACAGGCAAGCCCACACCCCCACUGCUGUGGAGUUUUCCGUCUACUGCAACUUCAUAUCCAGCCAGGAGAAAAAUCUGGUGGUCGCUGGAACCUCUCAGCUUUUCGUCUACAGGAUCAUCCAUGAUGUGGAGAGUACCUCCAAGGCCGACAAGCCAUCCGAUGCCAAAACCCGUAGAGAGAAGCUGGAGCAGGUGGCGUCCUUUUCUCUCUUUGGCAAUGUGAUGUCAAUGGCCAGCGUGCAGCUGGUGGGAGCCAACAGAGAUGCUCUGCUCCUCAGCUUCAAAGAUGCAAAGUUGUCUGUGGUGGAAUAUGACCCUGGAACACAUGACCUGAAGACGCUGUCUCUCCAUUACUUUGAGGAGCAAGAGCUCAGAGAUGGAUUUGUGCAGAAUGUUCACAUCCCCAUCGUCCGUGUGGAUCCGGAGAAUCGCUGUGCCGUCAUGCUUGUUUAUGGCACCAAGCUGGUGGUUCUGCCUUUCAGAAAGGACACGCUGACCGAUGAGCAGGAGGGCGGAGUUGGAGAAGGACCCAAGUCCAGCUUCCUGCCCAGCUACAUCAUCGAUGUCCGCGAGCUGGACGAGAAGCUGCUGAACAUCAUCGACAUGAAGUUCCUCCACGGUUACUACGAGCCCACGCUGCUCAUUCUGUUCGAGCCCAACCAGACCUGGCCCGGGCGCGUGGCUGUUCGCCAGGACACAUGCAGCAUCGUCGCCAUCUCCCUCAACAUCAUGCAGAAGGUCCAUCCCGUCAUCUGGUCUCUCAGCAACCUGCCCUUUGACUGCACCCAGGUCAUGGCCGUUCCCAAGCCCAUCGGUGGCGUGGUGGUGUUCGCUGUGAAUUCGCUGCUGUAUCUGAACCAGAGCGUUCCUCCAUACGGGGUUUCCCUAAACUCUCAGACCACCGGGACCACGUCCUUCCCCCUGCGUGAGCACCAUCGCUUUGAUCAGGUUUUGCGCCUGGCGCUUGUGCUUCAAAUGAUGACCCGCGUUUGUCCUGCAGGUGUGCAGGAAGAGGUGAAGAUCACGCUGGACUGCGCUCAGUCCGACUUUAUCGCCUACGACAAGAUGGUCAUCUCGCUGAAAGGAGGGGAAAUCUACGUGUUGACCCUCAUAACCGACGGCAUGAGGAGCGUGCGGGCUUUCCACUUCGACAAAGCUGCAGCCAGCGUCCUCACCACCUGCAUGGUGACCAUGGAGCCCGGCUACCUUUUCCUGGGCUCCCGCCUCGGGAACUCCCUGCUCCUGAAGUACACGGAGAAGCUGCAGGAGACGCCGGCAGAGGAGGGCAAAGACAAGCAGGACAAAGAAAAAGAUAAAGACAAGCAGGCAAGGAGGGAGGGGACAAAAGUGUCUGCACGGAAUAAUUACUUUCCUGGAAUGGCUGCUUCCAACACACAGGAGGAGCCUCCCAGCAAGAAGAAGCGAGUGGACUCCUCCGCCAACUGGACGGAUGAAGUGGACGAGAUCGAGGUGUACGGAAGCGAAGCCCAAUCGGGCACUCAGCUGGCCACCUACUCCUUUGAGGUGUGCGACAGCAUACUGAACAUCGGGCCCUGUGCCAACGCCUCCAUGGGCGAGCCCGCUUUCCUGUCUGAGGAGUUUCAGAGCAACCCCGAGCCUGACCUGGAGGUGGUGGUGUGCUCCGGCUACGGGAAGAACGGCGCCCUGUCCGUCCUCCAGGUCAGUCCUCGUCUCCAUUCCCAAAUCGGAAGAAGCAUCCGACCACAAGUGGUCACCACGUUUGAGCUGCCGGGCUGCCACAACAUGUGGACCGUCAUUUCAAGCGAGGCCAAGGAGGAGAAAAAAGUAACGGCCAGCCAGGCCGCCAAGAGCGACGAGCCGGAGGACGGGGUGAAGGCCGAGACCGAGGACGAGGGCGAGGAUGGGGAGAAGGAGAAAGAAGGGACGGAGAAGGCGGAGGAGAAGCCGGAACCUCCCAUGGAGGACGACGGCAAGAAGCACGGCUUCCUCAUCCUCAGCCGGGAGGAUUCCACCAUGAUCCUUCAGACCGGGCAGGAGAUCAUGGAGCUGGACACGAGCGGCUUUGCGACCCAGGGGCCCACCGUGUUCGCCGGCAACAUCGGAGACAACCAGUACAUCAUUCAGAUCCACUUCAUCCCAGUGGACCUGGGUUCUCCCAUAGUGCAUUGCUCCGUGGCGGACCCGUACGUGGUCAUCAUGACCGCCGAGGGAGUGGUCACCAUGUUCGUGCUGAAGAACGACUCCUACAUGGGGAAGACGCACCGGCUGGCCCUGCAGAAGCCGCACAUUCCCUCGCAGUCCCGCGUCAUCACGCUGUGCGCCUACCGGGACGUGAGCGGCAUGUUCACCACCGAGAACAAGAUCAGCUGCGCCGUGAAGGAGGACGCCGCCGCCGCCGCCGGGAGCCUGUCGGAGGCCGAGACCGUCAUCCAGGAGCUGAGCAACACGGUGGACGAUGAGGAGGAGAUGCUGUACGGCGACUCCAACGCCAGCGCUAAGGAGGAGUCGGGCCGCGGGCUGAUGGCGCCGGCGGGCUCGGGGGGCGAGGGAAACCCCAGCAAAGCAGAGCCCACCCACUGGUGUCUGAUCAUCAGGGAGAGCGGGGUGAUGGAGAACUUCCCCGUGGGCCAGAGAGUGCUGGUGGACAGCUCCUCCGGUCAGUCGGCCGCGCAGGGCGAGGUCAAGAAGGAGGAAGUCACCCGACAAGGAGAGAUGCCGUUAGUCAAGGAGGUGUCCCUGGUUUCCCUCGGCAACAAUCGCAGCAGACCCUAUUUGCUGGUCCACGUGGAGCACGAGCUUCUGAUCUACGAAGCCUUCCCCUACGACCAGCAGCAGCCGCAGAACAAUCUGAAAGUCCGCUUUAAAAAGGUGCCCCACAACAUCAACUUCAGGGAAAAGAAGUCCAAGCUGAGGAAGGAAAAGAAGGCGGAGGGCGGCGAGGAGGCCGCGGUGCUGAAGAGCCGCAUCGCCAGGUUCCGAUACUUCGAGGAGAUCUCCGGCUACUCGGGGGUGUUCAUCUGCGGCCCCUCCCCUCACUGGAUGCUGGUCACCUCCCGGGGCGCCCUGAGGCUCCACCCCAUGACCAUCGACGGCCCCAUCGAGUCCUUCUCUCCAUUCCACAACAUCAACUGUCCCAAAGGCUUCCUCUACUUCAACAAGCAGGUACGGGGAGUGUGUUUCUUUGGCUGUCGCUGGUCAGAGGGGGGGCAGAGGAUGAUGCACAGCGACAGGCGCAGUCUGCAGAACGCCGUCAGGAACAUCCUGGACGGCGAGCUGCUCAACAAGUACCUGUACCUCAGCACCAUGGAGCGCAGCGAGCUGGCCAAGAAGAUCGGAACCACGCAGGACAUCAUCCUGGACGACCUCCUGGAGAUCGACAGGGUAACGGCUCAUUUCUGA